CACGCAGAGUAAAGGUCCGGAGAGGCAGAGGCAGAAAAUACUCCUCCAUCUACUCCCCGACGUAAUUCAUCCCGCCAAGUUUUCAAGUCGCGCUCGCAAGGCAGGAGGCAGGUAUUCGGCAAGCUUUAGAGAACGCAGGAGAGGCAGGCGAGAAGCGGCCAGGUAAGAAAGCAGGCAAACGAGUCUUCGUCGAAGGUAGUGGGGGAGGACGAUAUGGAAGUGGAGGAGAGUGUAAAGUGAGUUUUCGCUCACGGCGUUCGCUCGCGCGCUGCCAAGUAGAAGCGCGUCGUCGCCAGUCGGAUACACGAUUCCGUCGAGGUAAUCGUCCUUCUUCGUUUCUCUGCGAGUAACGUGCUAUCUGUCGAUCUUGCGGCGACUGCCACCGCGCGCGCGACGACUUAGUUUCCUGCGGUCGUGUAACGCAAACAUCCGGUCGGUCGCUAUCAAAAUGGCCGCGCGCUAAGGAGAAAGAGAGUUCUCCCGUCUAAGUAUCGCGGUUCCUUGGACACUCCGAAAUCUCAGUCGGAUACGUAAGAGUUCAUUCUCGACGAUGACGUCGACGUGGGACCGCCUCGGAUAGGAUUUUCUGUGAGCGAAGAAACAGGACUCGAAGCCAGAUCGGCGAGGCGAGCGAGAGCGAUCGGACGCCCAUGCCGGGCAACGGAAGGAUCCAGGCGGGUUUCAGGAGCGCGAGAGGAAGAAUUACUGGUGGAAAACGCGGAAGCGUGACGUCGUGAAGGACGUCGUGUCUUUUUACCGCGUGAGAGACCUACAGAGGGACUAAUUUUUCCCCGCUCGUAAGACGCGCUCCCACGGAAGGAUGUCGCGGAGAACGGAAUGCACGGCGCUUCUUCACGCGUCGUUCCUAACGCUGCUGAUGAUGCUAAUGACGACGUCCUGGAGAACCGUGCAGGCUCACGUGGCGCUGACGUUCCCGCCGGCUAGGCAUUACGACUUGGACUUCCUGGAUAACGCCAGAACGCCGGCACCGUGCGGCAUGCCGCGUGGCAAUGUGAAGACGUCAUUACUGGCGGGAAGCAAUUUCAACGUUACGUGGCACCUCGCCUAUCCCCACAGGGGAGGCUUUCGGCUACAAAUCUUAGACGCUCUCGACAGGCCUCUGAUUGAUUUAACGCCUGUCACGCGUACCAGCGAAUUUGUCGAAGAUGAUGCUACGGCACAAAGCUACGUCGUACAUCUGCCGCAAAAUUUCACCUGCGUUGAUUGUACCAUCAGAUUGUUGCGGGAGGCUGAAGAAUGGGGCUCCAGCUACAGAUUUUGGUCGUGUGCCGACAUCGACAUCCUUGACAGGAGUGCCUAUCGGGAGGAUUGUAGCGGCCACGGGCGUUAUCUCUUGGGCAGGUGCAGAUGCGACCGUCUCUAUCACGGCACAAAGUGCGAAUUUAAGGAAGAGUGCCUGGACGACUCGGACUGCGGUAUUCAGGGCACGUGCAUCGACAACGGUGGCACGACCGCGCCUACCAAGCACUGCUACUGCAACGCGGGCUGGUUCGGUCCGGGUUGCGCGAAAAGAUCAUCGGUGAAAAGCAUUAACGUAGACUUGGAUGCGUACACGACGAAGCGGUUCUCCAAGGACAUCGUAUUCUACUGGAGAAUCCUGAAAGAUAGCAAAGAAUUAGAGGGUAUUCUGGUGGCCAACUCGACCACGUGGAUCGGUAUCGGGUGGAGACCCAGCGAUCUGGGCCCAUCCUGCCGAUCUUUUCCGAUGAUCUCUGAACGAUCGGAACCGCUUCCGAAACCGGAACCAAAAUCGGAACCGAUCGCCGAAACGGAGCCUGAAGCGGAACCAGAGCCCGAGGCGAGGCCCGAGCCCGGUGUAGAAGGCGAGAAAUCGAUAGCGAAGAGACGAUCGGCCAAAGCGGACGCCACGACGUUCGGAAUAACAUCUCGACCAGAUGUUGACGUCACCGUGCAGACCAGCGUAACCUACCAAGUCAGCACAAAGCAAGGUCGUAAGAAAAGAUCACCAGAACCAACGCCAGUCUCUGCGAAUGGAAAACCGGUCGGCGAGUCCAGGCGAGAACCAAAAUCCGAGCCAGAGCCAAAAUCCGAGCCCGAACCCAGCUCUGAGCCGGAGCCAAAAUCCGAGCCCGAACCCAGCUCUGAACCAGAACCAAAAUCCGAGCCCGAACCCAGCUCUGAACCAGAGCCAAAAUCCGAGCCCGAACCCAACUCUGAGCCCGAACCCAGCUCUGAGCCAGAGCCAAAAUCUGAGCCAGAACCUAGCUCUGAACCAGAGCCAAAAUCUGAGCCAGAACCCAGCUCUGAACCAGAGCCGAAAUCUGAGCCAGAGCCAAAAUCCGAACCAGAGCCAAAAUCCGAACCAGAGCCAAAAUCCGAACCAGAGCCGAAAUCCGAACCAGAGCCGAAUUCCGAACCAGAGCCGAAAUCUGAGCCAGAGCCAAAAUCCGAGCCAGAACCCAGCUCUGAGCCAGAGCCCAAAUCCGAGCCAGAACCUAGUUCUGAACCAGAGCCAAAAUCCGAGCCAGAGCCAAAAUCCGAACCAGAGCCGAAAUCCGAACCAGAACCCAGCUCGGAGCCGGAGCCAAGUGUGGGUCCGAAGUCGGGAGCGACGAAAGCAUCGUUGCCAGUCCCGCGACACAGAUACGAGCCCAAGCACGAUUUCAAUCCGAUGGACUGCACGGACAUCAUAAUCGGCAUGGCGCGAGGGACGAAUUAUAGAAUCGGCGAUUAUUAUACGAGGGACAGAUCGACGCCUCGCAAAGACGAGUACUGGGACAGGAGCGGAAGGGACAGCUUGACAGCUGCAUUCGGCUACGAACGGGACGGCGUCACGACGAUACUCUUCCGCAGAAAAUUAAUUGCCACAGAGCCGACUGAUCACACGAUUCGCGACGGUAAUAUGCAGGUGAUUUGGGCGAAAGGUCAAGAGCCGGGCAAGUACGUGCAUCAACCGGCUAGCGGGAUUGAAAAGGCUAAGGUCAACGUCAAAGACUUCUACAAGGUCGACGAGCUUAAAUAUCACGGCCAUAGAAUGCAGAGAGGCGCGGUGACGAUGAAUUUCUUCGACGAGGCUAAGAAACCGGAAUUCACCGGCGGUGCAACGCUGCAAGACGGCAGAUGCGGCGGUAAGUGGCGUUAUCCGAGAAAUUGCUCACCAGAAAAUGAUACUUGCGAGUACGCUAUACAAUGGACGUACAAGGGUCGAAAGGAUCUAAUAACAUUCGAAAUUUCCACGAUGAACACUAACACGUGGACCGGAGUUGGAUUUUCCGAUGACAGUAGCAUGUCGCAAACUGACGCCGUGCUCGGUUGGGUCGACAAGAGCAACGGUCGAGCUUUCGUGAUGGAUACUUGGAUCAGCGGUUAUAACGCGCCGCUGCUGGAUCCGUCGCAAGAUGUUUAUAAUAUCAGCGGCCGUAUCGAAAACGGCAUGACCACCCUGAAAUUCUCAAGAAAGCGCGGAACGAAGGAUAACAAGGACCUUUCAUUCACGGACGAUCAUUGCUUGUACAUGAUGUUCCCGUUAAAGGGUGGCGCGUUCAAUCCGAUCAAUAAAAAAAUUCGGAAGCACGACGAGAUACCAGUCGUCUCCUCGGAAAGAAUAUGCAUUAAAUCCUGCGGCACGGAAGAACUUGAUGAGCAAACUACUCCUGCACCGCCGAGAUUGUAUUACGACAUAGAAGUGAAGCUCGUCAACCUGGGCGAUGGUUUUAUAGUGCCCACGCUCGACAGUCCCGACUUUGAAAUAAUUUCGAACAGUGUAUCAGAAAGUUUCGGACCAGUGUUCGAGAAACUCCCGGGUUAUUAUCAAGUCCGACUCAACGAGCUGCAAAAAGACAACGAACACGGAGUGAUUGCGCACAUGAAUCUGAUCCUCGACAAGAACGAGGCCAAGGGCAGAUCCUUGAAACCUGCGGACACCGGCCUAGAAGCGGAAAAGGCAUUACGCGAAGCGCUCGUGACUGGUAAAGUCGGAGCGCUCAGCGUCGAUCCACAAUAUUUGAUAGUCAGAGUGCCCCGAGUGAACGAUAUAGAUGCGGAUGACGAGAAUGACCGACCAUCAGACUUAUUCCUUGGUGCUACGAAACUUUACAUCGUCGUCGGCUGUGUAGCUGCAUUGCUGGCUCUCGCGUUGCUGCAAGCUAGUUGCACUCUCUACAGGAGUUCGAAAAGACGGGCGACUAAGGAGCGCUUGAUCGCCAGCAAUGCCUGGAAGGACUACGCUUCCGGUGCAAACACGAAUUUCGCAUUUGAAGCAUUCGAGACGGAGGAGAAAGCACCGCCACCGCCAGUUUCCAGCCUGCCGAGACCUAGGGAAAUGACUAGCAACGGUUCGAUGGGCAUGAACGGCCACGACAGCGUUGACGGAUCCAACAGGAUGGUCGGACCUAGGGCGACUUACAGUCUGCCUCGCGCGCCCGGCGCCAGGCACUCGGCACCCAUUCAGCACGGUUAUUACACUCAAGACCGCAGAGACCAUUACGGACGCCCAAAGAGCCUGCACAAUCCCGCGGGCAGCGCGACAAAUCAAACGAACCAACCGGACUUUUACUUCAUGCCAAGCCAGCGGAAGUACAGCGGCGAAGUCGUGCGCGUCUACGUGGAUUACGGCAGUCAGGUGCCGAAGUAACAGGAUUCGAAGCCGAAUCGCGCGACAGAUUUUUAUUCGCUUCACCGAAGCGACUUGUAUAUACCUGAGUUACUGGCAGAGGACGCGUGGAAAAAAAAAGACUCGCAGUCUCUGCGCGGUGCUAUUAUCUCGAUUUCUUCUUCCCCUUUCCCCGUGACUUCCCUUUCUCGAAGAUUCACUCGAUCGGUUCGCGCCGAGAGCCCGGGCCAAAGAGAGGGAAGUCCCCGUACGGAAGCAUAGAAGUGGCGCUUACGACCAAAGAAGUUAUACGUAGGGCGCGCGUCCUAUAAUUCUGUACAGAGCGCAUAAACUCUCGUCGAAACUUUUGUGCUUUUGUGGUGGAAACUGUAUAGUUACGUAAGUCUUAUGCGAGCUGAGAAUCCGAAAAUUUUUGGGUCCCAGAAUCGGAUCUUAUAAUCUAACUCGUAUUCGACGAUCCGGGAAAUUCGAGGGCCUUAAAAUUUAAUAUCGAAGGAAUAAGGUUCUAACCCGUGGAUUCUAAAAUUAGAGGAGAUUUAACGAUCCUGAAAUAAAAGAAUUUCGAAAUCCAAGACAUCGUGUACCUAAGGUUACGACGCACGACGAAUAUGGAUAUGUAUUGAUUUCGCGCGACUAUACCGACAUGCCGAACGAAUGUAUCUACUUAAAGAGCAAUGAUGUUUGAGCAAUAAAACAUUUGUACAUUUUUAAACAGAAUUGGCGCGUGCUGUUUCUUUAAUGGAUUAACCUGCUUACGUUCAAAGUGCUACCCAUACUGUUUUAGCUAUAAAUAUAAUCCUGUUAAUGCUCAAGGUUGUAAGAAUGUCAGGAGAAACUGUAUAACACAAGUAUAACGAUGGAAAUAAACGCGCGAAGCACCUGUUAGCGGCAGUCGAAAGCGAUUGCUAGCUAGAAUCAUUAUAGAUAAAACUUGUAAUUACCUAUGACAAUAUCAAGACACUAUCGAUAUAGAGAAUCGUGUUGGUACGGAUUAUAAAUUAUUACAAUAGUGAUAAAAUUAACGAUAUAAUACUUGUAAUAAUUAUAAUAACGAUAGUUGUAGCAGCAGUAGUAACGAUGGCAAUAAUAUUACAGUAUUAAUUACAUUAAUGUCGUUAACAAUGGCGUCGCGUGCAGCCAGGCUUCCGGAACAUCUCCGCAAGCGAUGGAAUUAUAUCGUAAUAUAAGGCGCCAAAGGUAAGCUCUCCCUCCCUCCCUCUUCUUCACUCUCACUCUCACUCUCUCUCUCUCUCUCUCUCUCUCUCUCUCUCUCCUUCGUACUCCCCGAAAGUAUACGCGAGCAUAUAUCCGGAAGCCAAUCGUGGCACGCACUGCCCGCGUUCUCCUAUUAUUACAUAACUAGUAUCGAGCACAUAUUUCCGGCCCUAUCAUAAAGUUUUUUUUUUUCUUCCGUCACACGUGCGAAGUUUGAGAAACGAGUUCUACGCGAAUCUAAUAUUUUCGUGCCCGAGGAA